AUGGUUCUCUCUCUCUCUCUAUCCUCACACUAUCGAUUCUCUCUCUCUCUCUAUCCUCACACUACCAUCGGCUCUCUCUCCCUUUGUUCGGCUGAGGGCGGCGCCGCCUCCGGCGCGCCGCCUCGCCGUCGCCUCCGCUCUCUCUCUCACUGCUCAUCAUCUCUCUCUCUCGCUCGAUUCCGGCCGCCUCUUCUCCCUCCAAGAUCUGCCGCCGCCGCCUGCUCUAACCUCGGCGAGAAUCGCCGGCUCCGACGCCUCCCUCACUCAUCGCCUCCUCCUUCUCACCUCAACCUCUAUCUCUCUCGCUCUCUCGGCCGCUGGACCCAGGCGCAGCAGACACCACCACCGCGGUGUGCCGCCAUCGCCGGGCCGCCGCCUGCUCCCUCAUCCUCGCGGCAGAUCCGCCGCCGCCGUUCAACGCCACGGCCGCCUGGAGCUGCUGCUGUUCGCCUGAGGUCGACGGAUCUGGCCUUCAGUCGUUCGUCUCGCUCGGAGUUCCCGCUGCCGUUGGCUUGCCCGGAGUCGCCGCCGACUGCAGCUGCUUCGCCGGAGUCGCGGCCUGGAGUUGCUGCAGGCUCGUCCGGUGGUCAGUGGCUCGCUGGAGGAGCGCCGCCGCCGGCCGCUGCUGUUGGCAGCAAGAGCCCGGCAGCCACCUCUCCCGGAGCCGCCGUCGCCGUGAGUCGCAGAGCUCCGACAAUCCACCAUCCUUUCUCUCUCGUUUUAUCACUCACGAUAGAGAAUGAUGAAAACGUUUAAGUGUGGAAUGGGUAUGAGAUGAGGAUUAAUAGCUGCUGAAAUCUGAAACCAAAUGAAGGUGUUCGGGUGUGAAAAUUUUGCAAAUAUGCUGCUGGAGCUGGAGUCAAAGAAGAAUAUUACACAGGCGUGGAGCUGGAGUCAAAAAAAAUGUCCAGAAUAGAUGGCUGAGCAUGCGCUUAAGGGAUAGCUGCAGAU